ACCAACCAGCUAUCUUUGUAAACUUAGAAGAAACGGGGAGGUUGAUCUCAAUAAAACUAGAUAGACUAGUAGAUCUAACUAGAAUCUUAGAAUUAGAUAUAUUCUAAAUUUCUAUGUCUAUAGACUAUCUGGAUCUAGAGUCCUAGACAUACUGUAGAAAAAAAGGCUGUGGAACAAAAAUUUCCGAUAAUCGCAAAUUCUAAAUAUGGCUUCAAAAUCUGAACCCGAUGAAAAAACUCCACUCUCUCAAGUUGUUGAAUCAAAUAAUGAUGACUCGGAAGAAGAACUUCAAGGCUGCAGCGGAACAGCUCCAUGUAAUCCCAAAUCUUGUCUUCAUCGUUAUUUUCCAGUUUUGGUGCUCAUUUGUUUUCUUAGUUUUGGUAGCUACUUCUGUUACGAUAACCCUGCAGCCUUGCAGGACACCAUGAUACGAGAACUUGACAUUAGCGAGGGGCAAUUCAUGGCUUUUUAUUCCUUUUAUUCAUGGCCAAACGUUGUGUUGUGCAUGUUUGGAGGUUAUCUGAUUGAUCGAUUGUUUGGUGUUAGACUCGGAGCUAUCAUUUUUGGUUUGUUUGUCACUGUUGGUCAGGUGAUCUUUGCCCUUGGAAGUCUUUUCAAUUUGUAUGCUCUUAUGUGUGUUGGUAGAUUUGUUUUCGGAAUCGGUGGUGAGUCACUAGCUGUAGCACAGAAUACGUAUGCAGUGAAGUGGUUUCAAGGGAAAGAACUGAACAUGGUAUUUGGACUUCAGCUGAGUUUCUCUAGAGUGGGCAGUACAGUAAAUAUGAAUGUAAUGCAACCAUUGUACAACUAUAUUGACCAGAAUAUUCAUGGUUACAAAUGUCUUGGCAUUGCUCUCUUUGUAGGAGCUGGCAUGUGUGUGUUCUCGUUGAUCUGUGCAAUAGUUUUGUCCUUCUUUGAUAAGAGAGCAGACAGAGUACUGAAAAGAAAACAGAUCAGUUCUGAGGAGAUGAUCAAAUUUCGAGACAUUCUAACUUUCCCUCUAUCCACUUGGUUGAUUUCCAUCAUUUGUGUUGCUUAUUAUGUCGCAGUGUUCCCGUUCAUUGGAUUGGGAUUAGUUUUCUUUGAGAUGAAGUUUGGUCUGACACCAACAAGUGCCAAUGCUGUCAACAGUUUAGUGUACAUUGUAUCUGCAGUGGCUUCCCCUGUCUUUGGUUUCCUCAUUGACAAGAUCGGCAAGAAUGUCUUCUGGGUCAUUAUUGGUAUAGUCGUGACCUUGGGCUGUCACAUGAUGCUGGCUUUCAGUUUCAUUAACCCUUACGUACCUAUGGUCAUCAUGGGUCUGUCCUACUCAGUGUUGGCCAGUGCUUUGUGGCCAAUGGUUUCUUUGAUUAUCCCUGGGCAUCAGCUGGGAACAGCAUAUGGCAUCAUGCAAGCUAUACAGAACCUUGGUCUAGCUGUCAUCGCAUUGGUGGCUGGUAUUAUUGUGGAUCAAAAUGGCUACUUAAUACUUGAAGUGUUCUUCAUGGCCUGGCUUUGUGUGGCUUUGAUAGCAGGCGUUUUACUGUAUCUCAUAGAUGCUAACAAAGGUGGAAAACUUAAUUUAUCUGCAAAAGCAAGAGCCAUUGAGAAACUAAAGUUAGAUGCUGAAAAAAGCUCAAACUAAAGUUAAAAGGUUUUAAUCAUAGAGCUGGUGUCAAAAGCAAGGGAGGCUACAAAAACAAAACAUGCAGAUCACAUUCCAGACCUUGCUUUUUGCUGCAAUACACUCGAGAAAUAUAUAUUGUAUUGCAUCUAUAUGCUUCAUUCCUUAACUCUAGUGUAAUUUAUACAAACAAUCUUUUGUUACUCUAAAAUGUAUAAGUCGGGAGCUUGUCAUUUUAUUUUGUCUAUUGCAAAAUUCUUUUUUUUUUUAAGUGUUUUCCUAAACUGUAAAUUUAUGAUAAUUUUAAUAUUUUGCUGAAGAAUGAUAUUCAGUGAUUUCCUGGACAUGAUUCUUUCAAUAAAAACAUUAUCCUUGGACAGAACAAGUUUUGGGAGUAUUUCAACUUUUGGCUAUAGCACAAAUUUAACUUUGUACAAUAUUUAUAGUGGCUACUAUAAAGAAUGGCUGUUUUGCAAAGUGUUUUUAUGGACAAUGUCUAUUCAGAGUGAUUAACACUUUCAAUUUAAUGAUUUUAUCUGUUGUGCAACUAAAUUUGUAUAAAGUGUUUUAGCUAGUAUUUUUUUUUGUCUAUUAUCCAUUUUUAUUGCUUUAUUACAUAUUUGUUCUGAUUUCUGGUCUACUGUUGCAACUGAAUGCAAUAGAUUAUAGAUUGUCUGUUUUUAUAUUUAUAUAAUUAACUUAUAAAAAAGUCUCUCUGAUCAACCUAGUUUUAAUUUUUUUUAAAUAUAUGAGACACACAGGGUAGUUGUAUCAAACCCUAUAUUGACUUCCUUGCCUAGUUACUAGCUUGUGUCUCAGGACAUAUCAUUGCUUCAAAGUCAAUUUCCUGUAAGAUUGUUUAUGUUGCUGUGUAACCUUUGUUACUGAGUGCACUUAUCUUGAAUGUUGCUGUGUAACCCUUGUUACUGAGCUCACUUAUCUUGAAUGCUGUUGCUGUUUAAGCAUUAAUACUGAGUCUACUUAUCAUGGAAAUCAUUUUUUUCUGUAUUACUCCGUAGAAAACAUGUGGUUCUGUUGUGUAAAAUUAAAUAUUAUUAUAUGUAUAAAAUAAUAUUAUGAGACAGAAUGGAUGCUAAUGAUGAAAUCAGAGACUUUCUCUUCUUCCUGCUACCAUCGUGUCCAUUACAUUGUGUCACUUUCGCCAUAUUUUACAAUGACAAUUGCUUGAUUUAUAAAUUCUUUUCAAAGAAUUGUAAAGCAAAUUCAUAUGCAAUCAAUUUUGUGUUUAAGUAUGGCUGUAAUGUAAUGCUAUUGUGGUGAUGCAGGUUCCUUUUAAGUCUUUUAAUUGAAAAGAAUUUAAUAAUCAUACAAUGUACAUUAAGCUAACUUUCAUACCGAAGGAAACCAGUAGCUGUGUUAGUACUAAUUGUGGAUAACACACCCAAGUGACCAUCUCUCCAGUCCACCAACGGGACAGGUACACUUUUCUUGACCAUGUGUCACGGUUGGCCACCCAUGUUGUAUAAUUACUGUGUCACCACAGCUAUGUUAGUGAUGUUUUACACUGUUCAUGAUUAUUGAAUGUGAAGUGUUUGAUAACAUUGAAAAAAAAUUAGUGUGCCAAAAAUGAUUAAUUUAACCUGUAGUGAUUGAAUGCCAUGCAUUGAAAUAUCUUUCCUUAAUAUAAAUAUUCAGUUUUAAUAAUGAAUUUAAAGUUUUGUUAGGACAUCACCUUUCAAAUGUAAUUAUUUAUAGUUUUAAUUUUGUUUGUUAAUUGUUAAAGGGAGUUAUUCUUAAAAUAAAAUAAUUUAUCUCUGCCAUAAAUUCCUCCCACCCCCCACCCCCCUUUUUUCAGUUUUAACACGAUUAACUGUUUGACCCAAAAAGAUUUUGGUUACAUGUUAGCAUGUCUAGGUAAAUCGCUGAGUUAGAAAAUCACAGUUGGGAAGAAUCCCAAGCAAUAUUUUAUGUUUGGAUUAUUAAACAAUUUCAUCAGGUGAACUUUUUUUUUUGUACUUCCUUUCCCAAAAGAUAUAAAAAAAAAUUGAGAGCCUAUCUUUUAACUUGCAUCUUUUAUUUUUCUAUAAAAAUUAUUUUGUCUCGUGUAUCUCUUUAAACUUAGUGUUAUGUCCUUGACAUUUUUAAUCUUUUACUGUUAUGUGCACAUGCCUUUUACAUUUUAAAUCCUUUUUGUCUUUCACAAAAAAAAAUAGUUAUUGAAAUAUUUAUUUGACUGAUAUUAUGAACAUUUUUAAUGUUUUUUUUUUCUUUUCAUCUUGAUGUUAAAGACAUAAUGUAAAAUAAAGAUGAAUUUUAAAAAAUAUUUCAAGUCUUUUACUAAACAUCAGUUUCUAUGGCUGCUAACACCCUAGUGUUUCAGGUAAUAUGUAGUUCUUCAGAUUGUAUACAUGACCUAAUUAUGACCAAUGAAAUAAUAAAUUUGAUUCUGAUACUAACAUAUAUCAUAUGUACAACUGGCCCAUUUCAUCAAUGCAAAUGCAUUUACUCAUGUUUUUCCUAUUUUACAAAUGAGAUGUAAGUUGUAUAGAAAUAUAGUUUUCUUAACAUGUAAAUAGCCAAAAGGAAAAUAAAAGGCACACACUUAAAGAAAAAAAUGUCUUCCUACCUUAGGAAUUAGAAGUAUUUGUAUAGAAAUAUUUAAGAAGUAAAAAUCCAAAAGGAAAAUAAAAUUUACAAUUUGAAAAACAAAUUAUAGCCAUCCUCUAGUUUUUGUUGUGAUCAAAGUCUUGCUCGAUGAAAUAAACUUUUUUUCCAUAAACGUUUGGCACACUUUGGAAAAUGGUGUUAUGAUUUUGUAAUAAGAUUAACUCAGGUGACUGAUGUAAUUUUCCUUAAGAACAAACAUCUUUCUUAGAUCUCAAAAGAUGUCAACAUAAUGGAUACAGUUUGCAGUCUUAGACACAGCUGUAGAUAGCCCUAAAUCUGAUUCUGAUAGUAAUCAUUGUAUUGUAAUUUAAAUUAACAUGUAUAUAUGAAGCUAAGAAUGCAUCAAAUGUGUCAAAGUAUGUUUGUUGAAUCUAGGUUUAUUAUUGUAAAUUGAAUUGAUUUUUUUAAAAAGUUAAAUUACACUUUUUCUUUUCUUUGCUUGAUUUAUCCAUUUCAUUGUUAUAUCAAACUGUAAUUAACCUCCAUGCAUCUGCUGAAUUAGAAGGAAUAGAAUUUGUAUCGAAUUGAGAGAUGAGUUGAUUGAAAAUAAACUUCUUGAAAUGUA